GUCAGACUGGCAGUACAGGAGGAACAGGCCUGUUUGGCAGCACUGCAGCUGGUGGCUUUGGGGCCAGCAAGCCAACUGGGUUCACCACAGCAACCAGCAACACUGGCAGCAGUCUUUUUGGCACACAGAACACCGUUGGCACUGCAUCUAGUGGCCUGUUUGGCAGUUCCACCACCAACUCCAGCAAUGCCUUUGGUGCCCAAAACAAGCCUUUUGCUUUUGCAACUCCUUCCAACACGACAGGAGGAGGCCUCUUCAACACUACUGGCUCAGGGGGGCUAUUUGGUUCUGGUGCAGGUACUGGCAGCACUGUGGGGACGACCAUCAAGUAUCAGCCCAUCACCGCCACUGAUACCAUGACCCGGAAUAGCACCACCACCAACAUCCAGACUCGCAUUGAAGUUAUCACUUGCAUGAAGGAGUAUGAAAACAAGUCUCUUGAAGAGCUCCGAGUUGAAGAUUAUCUGGCCAAUCGCAAGGGUCCAGGACAAGGAGGUGGCCUCAUGACAGGGGCUUUUGGUCAGAACACAGCCUCGACAGGAGGUCUUUUUGGCUCCACCGCCACCAACACUGGGGGUCUCUUUGGUCAGAAACCUGCCGAGACCAAACCACUUUUUGGAUCUACCAAUACAGGGUUUGCCGCACCUAGCAGUAGUGGCGGUCUUUUUGGCAGCAGCACCACAACUCCAUCAUUCGGCCAAACGACAGGAACAUCAACUGGAAGUUUUGCAUUCGGCCAAAACACUCAGCAGAACAAACCUGGUGGCUUCUCCUUCAUGCCGAGCAACAACAACACCAGCGGUGGUGGUUUAUUUGGACAGCAGCAACCAGCCAGUACUGGGUUUGGGGCCACCAACACUGGCUUUUCUUUCGGCCAGAAUGCCACGUCUCAGCCGAGUGGAGGCUUGUUCAGCCAACCAAAACCAGCAUUUGGAGCCGUUACCUCGACGUCCACUGGAGGAGGUCUGUUCGGCAGUAAGCCUGCUGCCACUCCAGCCUUUGGAGGCUUCAAUACAGGCGCUACCUCUGCUUUUGGGGCAACGUCCACGGCAUCGCCUUUUGGCGCAAAUGCCACUUCGGGAGGCGGCUUGUUUGGAAACAAUCAAAGCAAACCUGGCUUUGGUAUUGGCACCACCUCGACGUUUGGCAACACAGGAACAGCUUUCAAUACAGGCACAAGCACCGGUGGAGGUGGUGGUCUGUUUGGCAACCUGAACACCAACACGGGAGGAGGAGGUUUGUUUGGCAACACUGCCAACCAAAACAAACCUGCUGGAGGCCUGACCUUCAACACAGGCUCUACGUUCAACAGCGGCAGCAACACGUUGGGAGGGUUCGGCUUCAACAACACAGCCAAUAAACCCUCAGGUUUUGGAACCCUUGGUGGGGGUUUUGGCUCUUCUGGAACUCUUGGAGGUGGAGGUGGUGGUGGUCUUCUUGGCAACAAUAACACUGUGGCGGCUGGACUGGGAGAAAAUAACAUUGCUAACCUCAUCAAAGCCCUAACAGACAACCCGUUUGGACAUUCAUCGCUGCUGAAAACUCCUGCGUCGGCAACUGGAAAAGCUGACGAGCUAUUGAGUCCUCCAGCCAGCGGCAACAACGCCAAACUGGGAUCUGGGAGCUCCGGAACUCCAACUUAUGUGUUGCCUUCACAAAAAACGUUCGCCCCUCAGCCUCGCCCCAACUCCUCCAUUGGCGAUGCCGGUAAUCUGAUGAACAACAGAAGCCUCCUCUUUGCUGGUCUUGAUGACACCAACGAGUCCAAUGGCGGCGAAGAAAUCUUCAAGACGAAAACCUUCCCCAGCGUCAAGAAGCUCAACCUCAAGGUCUUCAAUAGCGCCAAAAAUGGCAUGCUGCUUUCAUCCACCGGCACUUCGGGAAGUCGCUCGAGCACUCCUAGUGUUGGCCUGGACAGAGGACAGUCACCCCUCACGUCACCCCUCCACCCUCCCGUCUCUCCUCAGCUUGCAGACACUUCUGCAACGCCUGAUAUUAUCAAGGGCCGGAACAACAUUAAAAAACUAAACUUGGCUAAGAAGUGUGCUGCUGGCAACUUUAACGACACCAUUACCGAUUUAAAUGGCGGCGGUCGUUCGUAUGGGAAUCGCGAUGCCAGCAACGGGAAUGUCUCGCUCACUGGUGACGCGGGCAACAUGUCCUCCAACAUGGGCAAUACCAGCAAUGCCAACUACACAAUCUUCGAGGCUUCCUCUCGGGACUUCUCAGACCGGGACGUGUCUCAGUCAAACAACCCGCCUCACCCUACGGGCAUCAAACUGACGCGUGCGGGGUACUACACAAUACCGUCCAUGUCUGAACUAGCGAACCUCAUCGAUGAGAAUGGCCAGUGUUUGGUUGAGAACUUCAGCGUUGGUCGUGAAGGCUACGGCAACAUUUGCUUCACGUCAGAGACGGACGUGAUGGGACUAGACUUGGACAGCAUCGUGUUCAUCGUGCGCAAGGCAGUGGAAGUAUAUCCUGACGGCACGGACAAGCCUCAAGUUGGCGAAGGACUCAACAAACCUGCCGUGAUCACCCUGGACGCCGUGUGGCCUAUCGACAAGAGCUCCCGCGACGUGAUCAAGGAUAACGAGAGGCUGGAGGCCAUGGGCUGGUCGCAGUACCUCGAGAAGAAAUGUCUCGGUCUGGGGGCCAAGUUUUUGGAGUAUAGGCCUGAUACUGGCUCAUGGGUCUUCAAGGUGAAUCACUUCUCCAAGUACGGCUUAGAAGACAACAGUGAUGAGUUUGGUCCGGAAGACCUUCUGAAAGCACAGCAACAACAGCAACUGGCAAAACAACGUCAACAGCAGCAGCAGCAACAAGGGACGGACGCUUACCAUCGCAAAACCACGGACGCUUCGCUCAUCAAAUCUUCCGCCAAUAAACUCCUGGUGUCGACCUCGGUGCUGACGUACAACGCUGACGCUGACGUCGAGACGUCUACUGCCACUCCUGCCACCACCACUUCAUCUGGGUCUCUCUCGACCUCCUCCAGUGGCUUGGGUGGUCCUGGGUCCCCAGUCGCAAAUGGGGGACCCCCAACACAAGGCUUGCUUUCCCCACCUCCCACCCACCAUUUGCUUCCCACUUCCCUUCGUCUUCGCGAUUCACCUUCCCACCUGCAGCAGCAGAACCUACCUUCAUCGAGCGGUAGCUCCAUGCUCCGUAACACCGCUGCGGCCGCCGCUGCCUCGGUGCCUGGGGAGAUGUUUCUGGACUCGUUUGCUGCUGAACCCCACGAGGGAGCGUCUCUAGGACUACCUUAUCAUUCCCAGGGAGCCAGUGGAACAAGUCGAGCGCUACAGCAACUCACUGCAAACCUCUUCCCCAUGGAUGAAGAUUACGAUGAGGAAGGCAUGGGUGAUGUUGGUGACAGGUUUGGCUCAAAAACUGUACUGCAGGACUCAGCUAUGGACUUCACUUGUGUUGAUGGGGCCACAGCUAAACGGAGCGCCAUGUUAGAGACAAGAGAUCUCCCAGAGUCGUUGGUUAAAAAGUUUGCUGGGCGGCGGCUUGAGCUGAGUCGCAGCUCCGUGGGUCACGACUUGAUGGGAGACAUGCCAGAAGGGCGACUGAGUCCAAGUGCUGGGGAGCGUACCGUGCUUCGGCCCAAACUGGCGUCACAAGUAUCAGGUCUUCCUCAGCAAACUGACUCUUUGGGUGCAUCUCACUACCGCGGCCCACGGUCCUCGUACCCUGCGCUGCCUUCUGGAGGCGGCAAGGCGCCGUUCCCUGCUCAGGUCACCCCUCAACACUUGGAUGUGGUGCCUCUGAGCUCCAGCGUCUUGCAUGGCCAGCACAAGAACUUGUGUGACCUCGGCGCCUUCAUGGGGCGACGCUCGCGGGUCGGCUGGGGACCAUCUUUCCAGCUGCUGCACACUGGCCAGCCUCUUGGCACUGAGGUGGAUGUGGUAGCAGCAGAGGCAAGCGCAAGAGAGAAGCGUCUCAAGUACAGCACUGAGGCUCCCGGUGCCGCUGCACCGUAUUUAUUCCAGCAGUCCAUUCAAGCCUCAUCGUAUGCUCGACCCUCCCACCACGCCCUGCCUGACUUGCCUCUCUACAAUAUCCACAUUGAAAAACUACAUUUAACUGAUCUCUCCGCCGCGAGCGUGAACCUUCCUGACCCCGACUCUGCACUUAUGGUUGUGGAGAAGUGCCUGCGUGAAGUGCUGCGGCACAGUAAGUCUACAGCGUCGAGCUCUGUCAAAAGUGCACCGCGCCUGCAGCCAUGCCGCGGCAGAGGUCUGCUGCACAGCCUAGCUGCUGCUGUGCGCUCUAGUGACGACGCCUCUGUUCAGCAACACCCGCUCUGCCCAGUCUUUGAGCUCUGCAUGGCAUUGUGGGGCAAGCUCGACUACGGCUGGCUUGAAGAAGCUGCUACCAGCUCAGUCUACAUCCAAGCUCGAGCUCGUGUCGAGACAAUGAGUCAGUGGCUGGAGAGCGUCUGUCAGGACACUGUAGAGGAAGAAGCCAGAAUAGCACUUGAGGGAAACGAUGCUGAGGCACAUCUUGACGCUGUUUUCUCUCGACUCACGGUCCGAGAUAUUCAAAGUGCUUGUGAGCUUCUUCAGGAAAAGGGAGACCACCAUCUGGCUCUACUGUUGGCUCAAAUCUGCAUGGGUAACGACGCUCCACGACAGAUCGUUGCAAAGCAGCUCUCUAACUGGGCAGAGUGCAAUGCUGAUGCAUUUCUCUCCCCGGGACGUUUAUUGCUCUAUGUACUGGCGGCCGGCAAAGCUACGCACACUUCUAGCAAUGCCUUUGUUAACGUUUGUAAAGGGUUGGAUUGGCGCCGCGCUUUGGCCGUACAUUUGUGGUACGUGUGCCCGUCCACGUGCACCAUCAGCGAGGCAUUGGCUGAAUAUGAGCGUGGAGCUGGGCUACUGAAAGACGAGCUUGCCCCUGCGUCGCCUUACUGCCAGGAACCGCUGCCUCGUUAUCUUGCGGAACACACGCUGCCGGACUCUGCAUCGCGCGUGUGUUAUGAUGUUUGCUAUCACUUGCUGAAGCUUUAUGCUGAUCCCGCCUACCGACUCGACCAACUCCUCAAUCCUGCUGCCGUCACUCCUGAUCCUCUUGACGUGUCGGCCAGCUGGUUACUGAUGGCCCUCAUCCAUUCACUUGGUUAUGACCGCUUGAAUCCCAUCGUCGGCAAUGCUCUGCAUCUCGCCAUGGCGGCUCACUUAGAAUCUGUGGGGCUCUGGCACUGGGCUGUAUUCGUCCUCAUGUCUCUCAAGGAAGAGAAGUGUCGUGCAAGUGAAGUUCAAUCAUUGUUAAGCCGCCACGUACAAAUCGUAGAAGGCAUUGAGAAAGAAGACGACUCUUUCACAAAACUCUACAAAAAAAUGCUUGCUGCUCGAAACGCGUCUGAAAACAUCAAGGCUGGUGCUAGAGAUGUAACGAACGUUGGCCAGUAUGACAUGGAGAUGACCAACGUCGUGGGUCGUGACCACCCUGAUCCCGCCAUGGACGACGACGUUGGCUUCGUCGACGGCGACGACGAAAUUUCUAUGGACACAGACAUCACUCGACGAGCUCCACGCACACCUUCAGCGGAUGUGAACGCAGAUGAGGUCAUCGAUGACGUAGACGACUCUGUGGUGCAAGAUUUUGGAGACCUUGAUUCAUAUGAAGAAAGGGAGUCUUUCAUAAUCAAUCUUCUCAAAGUACCAGAGCAAUGGAUAAAUGAAUCUAAAGCUAUUCUUGCUCGUUCUCUGGAUAUGUUCGAAGAAGAAGCCUGGUACCUCAUCAAGGCUGGUGAUCUGGACAGAGCCCACAAGCUGCUUAUCGACACCAUUGCUCCCAAUGCCAUCAUUAAUGAGGACCACCAGUAUCUCCGUCGCUUCAUCAUGGCAUUCGAGGCAAGCUCUGACAGCUUAGAUGUGAACGUGUCCGACUGGAAGAUCGGGGGCGCAGUUUACGCUCAUUACCUUCACGUUUUGGAAUGCGUGGAAGAGAUCAAAUCAUCCCAGCAGCCUUCAAAAGACAAAGUCGAGGCAUUGAGACCGCGACUACUAGCGCUCUGCUCACAGCUCAAUAGCCUCCAAACACCAACAUCCAAGCACAGACUCUGUGUGUCCGAAGUUAGCCGCGUGGUAAUCGGAGUGCUGAGAGCUGUUCUCGGAGAUGACUUGGCUGCCACCACUGCUGUGGCUAAGCAAAUUGCCUCGCUACCUCUCAGCAAAGACUGCACACUGCAAGAACUCAAUACGUUGACUCGCCAAUACCUUGCGGCUGUCGCAAGGUGA